AUGACCCACUGCUGCUCCCCUUGCUGCCAGCCCACCUGCUGCAGGACCACAUGCUGCAGGACCUCUUGCUUCCAGCCCACCUGCUGUGAGUCCAGCUGCUGCCAGCCCUGCUGCCACCCAACUUGCUGUCCAACCACCUGCUGCAGGACCGCCUGCUGGAAGCCCACCUGUGUGACCACCUGCUGCAGCACACCCUGCUGCCAGCCCACCUGCUGCGUGUCUAGCUGCUGCCAGCCCUGCUGCCGCCCAACUUGCUGUCCAACCAACUGCUGCAGGACCACCUGCUGCCAGCCCACCUGCUGUGAAUCCAGCUGUUGUGGCCAAACCUGCAGCGGGUCUAACUGCUGCCAGCCCAGCUGCUGUGCCCCCGUGUACUGCAGGAGAACCUGCUACCACCCCACAUGCGUCUGCCUGCCUGGCUGUCUAGGCCAGAGCUGUGGAUCCAGCUGCUGCUGCCAGCCCUGCUGCCGCCCAGUCUGCUGCAUGUCCAGCUGUUGCCAACCUUCCUGCCACUGA